AUGGGCAGCUACCUGGGCAAAGCAGAGUCCUCGCCGCGGUCCCCAGCACAGGGGCGCACAGACGCACGGGAGAAGCCUGCGACCCGCCGACCAGCUAGACCCCUCUACCAGGUCCACCGGGUGCAGCAUGUCCACCGCGCCCAGCCCGCCCGGCGACACAGGCCGGCCCGGAGGCCGCCAAACUGGGAUCCAGCCAAUCCCGCCGCCUUCGUCAGUGAAGCCUGGAGGCGCUUUCCCAUGAAGAGGCCGCAGAACCCCAUCAUGGGCUCUCUUCCUUCAGACUGGUGGGAAAGCUACCUCAAGCGUAAUAUUUGGUCUCUUCGUCACCCUAGGGCCACAUGGAGUCCAGUGACAGUCAAGAUCUCGCCUCCGGAGCGAAGACCACACCCCUUGUUUUCAGCCUCAAAAGCGGUAAACUCCGCGGGACCCUCAGAGGAGCCACCAGGAGGGUAUGGGAAAGACCCUGUGCUGAAGGCCCUCCUCGAGUGCAGGAAGGGGAGAGGUCGGUGGGAAGAACCACUGUUCCCUGACAGCUCGGACAGUAAAAGGAAUUCCGCCACUCCUUGGUCCGCCUUUAAGCCCCUGUUGAAAAGUGGGGCCACUGUUACAUUUGUGGCCAGGCCUGGGUCUCUGAAACGGAGCCUCCACGCCCAGAGCUCAGAUCAUAAACGUAAGAAGUCCAGUUGCUCCUCCGUGGCCAUCUUGGCUAACAUAUGCACACGCGGUCCUCCCAGCACUAAAAGAAAUGCUAUUACCAGCUCUUACAGUUCUUCCAGAUAUCUCUCAGAGUCCUGGAAGAGACAUUUCUCCAGGACAUCGGUCCAGACUCCAGAAUGGCCACUGAAAAAGACAGGGAAAAGUCCUAUUUCUCACCCCUUAGUUACACCCAGCAAUUCUUGGCAGCCGAACGGGGAGAUUCCUCCACUGCAAUCUGGUCCUAGCGACCUGCUGACCACACCUUGCCAGCAAGACUGUGUUGUCACUGAAGCGGACCCUACCUUAGAGAGGCAAGCUGGGCCAAGCAACCAAACCACAGAAGCUACAACUGCGACCGUCGCAGAUGCCAUUCCUGAGACCAGGGCUGGUAUUCGGCCUCCCUUGUCUUUCAGUCCGCCUUCUUCUGAGUCAGUUCUCAGUACCCACAUGAGUCCUCAGCUGGAAAGCUCAAAGAACAUGCCUGUCCCACAUGGGUGCUCACAGUUAGAGCACCUUCAAGGCAUCUCUUCAGACUCAAAACCCUCCACUGCUUCCAUCCAGGUGUCGCCAAGCUCUCCCACAUCACCAGUCAGUGAUUCCAACUGGCCAUCUUCAGUCCCUCAGGCUUACAGGAAAAAGGGUCUUUUUGGAAGAUGGAGCUGGACUUCAGAGACCAAGAAAGCUGUCUUCAGUGGGGACAAGUCUCUUCUGUGACCCUCUGCAAUGACACCAAGAAGAAUACAUGCCUUUCUGUUAUUUCUCUAUUCAACUUCCUUUAAUGUAUUAUCUUGAGUAGGUGGACAAGUCCAGUAGACCAGAGACAACAUCCUGGAGUCCCUGGAUAAUAAAUAAAAAGAGCCAGACUAUUCUGGGGCAUUAAUGGGGUAGGGAGGGGGCUAAGACUUUUAACAUUCUGGGUAAUGACGCCCAUUUACAAAUACACAAAUAUGAUGAAACAGGCACCAAACAACCUCCCUCUCUUCCUCUUCCCCUCUCUCCCCCUCCCCUUCUCUUUCUCCUCUCAUGUAUGUAUUGCUUUAUAGUUAUUUUAUUUAACUGUUCAUUAAAUUUGAUAAUUUUUGA